AUGAGGAACAAAUUCGCAAUUGGGAAUUCCUUCUCGUUUGUAUCCACCGAGUGUCUUCGUUUUCCCUUGUGUUCUUCCUCUGUCACAGUAAAAGCGAGCAGGCCACCUAGGAUGAGCAACCCGAGCGGAUUUUCCGGAAUAGUAGGCGCUGGAGCACGCCGCCCCGGCGAGGCCUCUGCAGCAGCGGCUGGAGAAGGCAACGCACCUUCCAACACGAACUUCUGGGGGACAAAUCCCGCAUGGGGAACCGCCUGGGGCUCUCCUGCUGGUGCUGAAAGCGGCGUUGGCGGUGGAUCUGGGGCAGGUGCAUAUGGCGAACCGGUCAGCGGAACGCCUGUGAAUGCUUCUCAGUCAGCGCCGCUUUCCGCUGGGUUUCACGAGUGUUACGUGCAGAGUCGCGUGGAGGCACCGCAUGUGAAGCGUCUGUUGGUGUUGCGCAUCUUGACGUUUGUCCUCAGUGUGCUGUGCAUCAGCGUGCUACUGGGUGCGCCAACGGGACAGUACAGCUUUACCUUCUUCGUCGCCUACUCUCUCCUCUUUGCCAUGGCUUCUGUCGCCUUGCUCUAUUCCCUCCUCCUCGUCCUCUUCUCCUGUGCAUGGAUAUUCCGUGCACGCCAUGCGUGGGGGCGGUACAUGACUGGAGCGCAGAUGAUUAUGGACUUUCUACUGGCUCUCCUGCUGUUCGCCGCUGCCACUGCGGCGGCGUGCCAGACGGAUCAGAACGAGCAAGGGGUGACCAUUAUGGGACGGCGCCAACUUGUCAGCCUAUGCUCCAGUGCUGACGUCCUUGGAUUCGGAUCGUAA